AUGCAGGUACAUCCUGGAACUGCAGCAGAAGAUCGCACGUAUCGAACAGAGCGAGAAGGGCCAGGCGAGCCCUUUCAGCUCAAAUUUCGAGACGCAAACUACGGGUUAGUCCUUUCUUGCGGAUCGUUUGAUUUCUUGCUCAUCCCGACAGACCCGAAAGACGGUGAAGAUGUUCCCCUGGAUAGGACCACCACACCGGAAGACCAAGAUGGUUCUCAGGAUUUGGAGGAUCCAGAAUCCUCCUUAGCCAAUCCACUAUCAACCGGACCACCUGCUUUCAUGUCUGCAGCGAACGGUCGAACAUGUGAGUCACCCUGCCGCCGCGAGAUGAUUGCAAAACUGAUGUUUGUAGUCUAUCUUGGAACAUCUUCCAAUUGGUCGUUCACUCGGCGUGUUCUCAGCCUGGCUCACCAUCAACUCUACCAGAGCCCAUUGCCAACGGAAGCCUUAUUGUUUGAUGAAACUACUUAUCAAUUAGGAUGGGAUGGGCUACGGACCACCCCUGGCCCGGAUGUUCCCGUGGUCCCGACUCGCGACCAUACAAUGUAUUUGAUAAACGCUGUACAAUUCCGAUGCGGUCAAUUGUACCAUCUGUUUGAAGACUCCGAAUUCAUGAGCUCUUUACAACAGUUCUACUCUGGAGAUGGGCAAGACAUGACCAAUAGCCUGUGGUAUGUCCAUUUCCUCCUGGUCCUGGCUUUUGGGAAAGGCUUUGUUCAGCCUAAGGCUCAAGGCCGAAAGCCACCAGGAGUGGGCUACUUUAUCAGAGCCCUACAGCUUCUGCCUGACCCUAGUGCUCUUUACCGGGACCCUAUGCUUGGAACGGAAAUCCUCUGCUGCAUCGCCUUAUAUUACCAAUGCGUCGACUACCGUACAUCGGCUCAUAACUAUAUUGGCCAAGCCAUGCGGAUAGCCAUGGCACAGGGAAUGCACACCAACAUGCCGGUUGAUGACCUAGGGCAUGACAUGGUUCAAAGAUGCAGCAAAAUCUGGUGGACUAUCUAUAUCCUCGACCGAGAGAUGACCUCCUUGAUGGGAUUGCCUCAGACCAUCAAUGAUCGUUAUGUUCAAACGCAGAUCCCAGUGUUCGCAGACCCGACAGAAACCAUCUCCCUAGGCAUGCACAUUAAGUUGUCGCAAAUCCUUGCCGAGGUGAACAGCACAAUCUACGUCAUUGAUGGACGUAUCAACCGCACUUUCCUUCUCAGCACAAAAUCAGCGCUGGCAAACAUAGCAGGACUAGCCGAUGAACUCCGCCAAUCAUUUCCACUCCAUUUGGAACCAUCGAGCGGUGUGUCUCGACUGUCUGCAUACUUACACCUCCAAUAUCACCAGGCAAGUGCUAGUUUUGCUAUCAUGAAGAAUGACGGCUGA